CCGUUUCACCCAUUCUCUCUCUAAAAUUUAAUAAAUUCUCUCCACGACGCAGGAGUAGAAGAAGACACAGAAAUCUUCAUCUUCUGCUAUUGUCUCCAUCUAUACAUACAUAAAUACAUACACCUCUCUUUCCGUAUAUAUAUAUAUAUAUGCACUUCUAUACAGCAUUAUUCUUCCUAUUGUCGCAAACCCGGAGCUUCAAAUUCGUGAUGAUCGUGGAAGCUAGCAUCCACAUGGACUUGUAGAAGUCGAAUCAGGUUUUCAAUCGGAGACGAUGAGCAGCAGAAGUAGCAGCAGCGGUUCGAAAACGCCACGAUCUGCGAAAGCAAACAUUGAGAAGGAGGAGAUGCAGAGGAAGAAGGUGAAAGAUGGCGAAAAUGGAGCUGGAAAUCGAAGGGCGUUGAAUCGGGAGAAGAAAAUGGCUCUGCAGCAAGAUGUGGAUAAGCUGAGGAAGAAGCUUAGACAUGAAGAGGACAUUCACAGAGCCAUGGAGAGAGCCUUCAAUAGGCCUCUGGGAACACUUCCUCGUCUUCCUCCUUUCCUUCCUCCUCCGAUGUUGGAGCUUCUUGCCGAAGUGGCCGUUCUUGAAGAGGAGAUCGUCCGGUUGGAGGAGCAGAUUGUGCAUUACAGGCAAGACUUGUAUCAGGAGGCCGUUUAUACGUCUUCCGUGAGGAGGAACGUGGAUGGUUUAGUUGAUGGUGUUCAUAAGCAAAGCCAAAGCAAGAGUCCAACACGGGAGAAACCCAAGUCCGCGUCCAGUAACUUCGGUAAAUCCGAGCCACUUCUGUCACGGGAAUCGCCAUCCAUUUCAGAAAGUAGGAGGAGUACAGAGAAUCGGUUAAGAGCUAACACUUUGAAAAGCGGUAGAGAAACCUCGGUCCAGAAAUCCAAAACGGUCAGGACCCUGGUGGAGAAAUCUCUUGUUCGUCACAGAUCGAUGAGUAAGAGUUUAGAUGCUCAGAAACUACAGGAAACGCGGAUGCGUGACCAAGCAAAUGCAGAACAAAGGUCUAGCAAUGGUUCCGAUGAAAAGUCCGUCGGAGAUUGUAGCCCAAAUAAAAUUUCCGAGGAUUUGGUUAAGUGUCUGUCAAACAUUUUCUUGAGAAUGAGCUCGGUAAAGAGCCGGGAGGGAACAGAGCAUUUGUCCUGCUUGCCGAGGUACCCAUCUCAAGAAAACGAUAAAGAGACAGUUUUCAGGGAUCCUUAUGGCAUUUGUUCGAGCUUUGGGGAAAGAGACAUUGGCCCAUAUAAGCAUCUGGUUGAUGUUGAAGCAUCUUCAAUCAACCGAAACAGAACCUCGAGUUCUUUGUUUCUUAUCCGCCGGUUAAAACUUCUGCUCGGGAGACUCUCUUCAGUCAGCUUGCAGAAACUCAACCACCAGGAGAAGUUGGCAUUCUGGAUAAACAUUUACAACGCUUGCAUGAUGAAUGGUUUUCUGGAACACGGAAUACCAGACAGCCCCGAAAUGGUGAUGGCACUAAUGCGUAAGGCAAUGAUAAAUGUGGGAGGACACUUGCUCAACGCCAUGACCAUCGAGCACUUCAUCCUCAGAUUACCAUAUCAUUCUAAGACUUCCCUCAAGGGUGCAAGAAAUGAUGAAAUGGCAGCGAGGAGUAAAUUCGGGCUGGAAUUAUCCGAGCCUCUCGUAACAUUUGCACUCUCAUGUGGAAGCUGGUCCUCACCUGCUGUACGGGUAUAUACGGCGGGAAAGGUGGAGGAGGAGCUCGAGGCGGCGAAGAGAGAGUACCUGCAGGCGGCGGUGGGGAUACCGAUGAAGACGGAGAGAAUGGGGAUACCAAAACUGUUGAAUUGGUAUCUUCACGACUUUGCAAAGGACAUGGACUCCUUGCUUGAUUGGAUCUGUCUUCAGUUGCCAACUGAGUUGGGGAAAGAAGCUCUCAAAUGUCUUGAGAGAGGGAUGCCCUCUCUUCUUGUUCAUAUUCUGCCUUAUGACUUCACUUUUAGAUACCUUUUCUCCACCUGAUUUUUUUUUAAUUUCUUAUAAAAGAGUACAUAUUUUUUUUAUUAUAUAUUUGAAAUGGGUUUCCACGUU